UUUGGGAUAUGAUGCAUUUACUUCUCAUCAACAAAAAAUAAUUUAUAUGUGUUUUAAAUUUAUUAUUGUUUAUUGUUUAGCUGCUGAUGAACCUGUAGAUGUUUAAUUGAAAUGUGAUGUUAUAACAAUAACAAAAGUAACAAUAACAAUUGAUGGUAUAUGAAGAUAGAUAUCAAAUAUAAAUUGUGUAAGUAUUGUUGGUAUUAUUCAAGUAUUAUUUGAUGGACAGUGUGUUGGUUUUGGUUUGUUUUUUUUUUUUAAUUAAUAAUGUACGAGCUAUGAACACAACAUUGUGUAUAAUUAUAAAUACAAGCUCAUGUUGGUGUUUCGAAUCAUGCUAUCUCGUCGAUGUAUGCAACAAAUCUGAUAGUUUAUAAACAACGUGUUACAUUUACCGAUUAUUUAUUGAGUUUAGAUCUAUCAACACUAAAAAUAAUAACAAUAUGAGUCUUUCUAUUUUGUUAAUUUUAACACUGUAGCUUUCAACUAGAAUUAAUUUGUGGAAAUUUUAUGUUAAUUAGAUUGUUUUUUUUUUUCUGUGCAGGUUGUGUGGUGAUUGGUGUUAAAAGUGUUUUUUAAAAUUUAUCUCGAGUGCUCAAGUUGAACUGAUAGUGAAGCUGACUCAGUAAAAUUUUUAAACACUUUAAAAGUGAUGACAAUGUAGUGAUAGUGUUAGUGGUUCCUGUUGACCUGCUGGACAUGAAAUAAAUCAACUCCUUAGGACCACCUGAAAACAUCUGGACUUCUUGAAUCCUGAGGCUCCAAAAGAUUGUGAGAAUUUCAAUGGAACAAGCUGAUAAUAUUCAUCUAGAAUUUUCAUCAUCGCUAACUGCAAUAAUGAUAAUUGACGAAUUUCAAGAGGACAAGCUGAGACAACAUAAAUCUAAUAUUUCCAUCAUCAACUGCAACAAUGCUUAGAAAAUGACCAGAAUUAAGUGAGGAGUGACGAAACGAGAUCACAUGCCAGUCGUUGAAUCCAACUGGACGUAAUAUGAAAAAUAAAAUAAAAUAAAAUAAAGUGUGGGAAUUUAUCAACAAAGAUAAUGAUACACAUCUAACAACAUCGGAAGCUGUAUUUCAUAUAUAUAUCCAGAUGGUAUGGGCAAUGUUGAACAGCUUCUUGGUUAAAUCAAGUAAAUCCGGUCGUACAGACAAUUUCCUGGUGGAGAUAACACGAGAAGAUAACAUGAAGAGUGCGCAGAAAGGAUCAUUUGAUUUGUGUUUUUCGUAUUCAAACAUGAGAGCCAAAAGUUCGCGCGCUAAAGCCUAAAGCUAUGUUUACAAUUUUAUCUCAGCGACAACAACAACAACGAGAACGACAAGAAUUACUACUAUGAAAAUAGCCUUGCAAAUCAGCUGCUUUUAAUUCUAAAAUAUUUAACAAUCAAUCAAAGGUCAUACAACAACAGUAAUAAUACUAAUCGUAUUAUUAAUUGUCUAAAGAAACAAUUAAGUUAUUCAAAACCAAACUAAUAAUGGAGAAAAAUUCAGAUGUUUGUGAAAAAUCAGUUGUCUUAGAUGAUGACAAAAGUGAAGGAUCUGUCGAUGUUGAGUCUGAGAGUAAACAGGAUGAUAUUCAAGAAGCUGAAAAAAUAUGUAUUAUUGAUCCUGAUACUGAAGAACUUGACAUGAAUCAUUCAAAACUAUCAAAAUUGGAAAAUCUUGAGCCAUUGACAAAAAUUAAAAAAUUAUGUUUUACCUGGAAUUUAAUUAAAAAACUUGAAAAUCUUGAAACAUUAACAACACUGGUUGAACUUGAAAUACGUGAUAAUCAAAUUACUGUUAUUGAAAAUUUGGAUACUCUUGUUAAUCUCAAGGUACUUGAUAUCUCAUUCAAUCGUAUAAAAGCUAUUGAAAAUUUAGAUAAACUAAUAAAUUUGGAAAAAUUAUUUCUUUCAUCAAAUAAAAUAACUAAAAUUCAAAAUAUAUCACAUUUAACAAAAUUAAUGUUCUUAGAACUUGGUGAUAAUAAAAUACGAAAAAUUGAAAAUUUGGAAAAUUUAAUAAAUUUAAAAGAACUUUUUUUGGCUAAAAAUAAGAUAACUAAAAUUGAAAAUAUAAAUAAUCUUGUUAAUUUGGAUGUACUGAGUCUUCAAAGUAACAGAAUUCAAAAAAUUGAAAAUUUGGAUAAUUUGAUUAAUUUGGGACAAUUGUAUUUAUCUGAAAAUGGAAUAACAACAAUUGAGGGAUUGGAUAAUCUUAAAAAUUUAAAUACCUUAGAUUUAGCUGAAAAUCAGAUAUCUGUUAUUCAAGGAAUAAGUCAUAUGGAAUUGUUGGAAGAACUUUGGAUGAAUAACAAUAAAAUUGAAGAUUGGAGUGCAAUUGGAAAUUUGGAACACAAUAAAAAACUUCAAACAGUUUAUUUGGAGCACAAUCGAAUUACAGAUGAAUCAAAUUAUCGUAGAAAAAUGAAACUUUUAGUUCCAUGGUUGGUUCAGCUUGAUGCAACACUUUGCAGAUAAAUUUUCUUUUUUUUCUUUUACAUUUUAUUUGUUUAAAAGAUAAAGAAACAAAUAUUCCAAUAAUUAUUUUCGAUUACUUUAUUAUUAACAAUAUUGUUCAUAAGAUAAACAAGAUAAUUAUUUAAAAAAAAAAAAAACAAGAAUAACAAUACACAAGACAGCAUUGUUAUCAAUGGUUUUUAAAAUCCAUUUUAUACUCAUUUAUAAUUAGAGAAGACAAUGCUGUCUUGUAUAUAUUGAAGAUGUCCUUAAAUAUGUGGAACCAAUUAUUUUUAAAAAGCCUUCAGCCCGUUAAAUCAACGUUUAAUAAUGUUCACUGAUUAAAUAAUAUAAGAAACUAACAAUUGUUUUAAUGAGGGCUCCAAUAUACUUGAUAAUUGUAAACUUAGUUUUUAUAAAUGUUUGUUGAACGAUAUUUUACUUGAUAUAUAUAGUUAAUAGUUAUAAAAACACACCGAAAGUAUAUCAACAUAGUUUUUUUUUACUAAGCAUAUGCAAAAGAAUAACAAAUGCAUAAGUAAUUACGAUAUUUCGAUGGUAAUUAUUUAUCAAUUUAGUUGUUAUAUAUGUCUUUCAUCAAGUUUCCAAGAAAAUCUACAUUUUUUUAAUGAAAGAAAUACGACAUUGUAACAUUGUAAUCAGUUUAUUCUAUCAAAAAAGUCAAUACAUUGUUUUAAUUGAUAUUAACAGAUGAAUAAAUUGUACACUUCAAUAAUUUAUAUGUUACAGUAGAUAAACAAUGUAAAAUUAAAGAGACAGCACUACGUGUAAACAAUUCAAAUAUUUAUUUGUUCAUUAAACUUAUGUUGGUGAUUGAAGAUAAAUCUUUCUAAAAAACUCUUGUAUAUUUCGAUGUAAUUAAUCUUCUGUAACUUAAUAUUUUAUGUACAAUAAUUAAUGAAAGAUUUUGAAAAAGAUAUAAAAGAUGCUAAAUUGUAACAAAGUUAAUAACGAUUGUACUCUUUAAAAAAACAUAAUUAUCAAAAAAAAAAAAAAGAAAUUGAAGUUGUUUAUAUAAGAUAAUAAAAAAAAAUAUAUUCAACUGCUACAUACUAUUUUAAUAAAUAUUGAAUAAAUGUUUUCUAUAUAAAAAAUA